AGGAAGCCAUUUUACAACCCCAACGAGGUGGGCCAUGGAGUGCCCCGAGGGACAGCUCCCCAUUUCUUCAGAAAAUGAUUCAACACCAACAGUUUCAACAUCGGAAGUAACUAGCCAACAAGAACCCCAAAUUCCUGUCGACCGUAGGUCUGAAACCACCUAUGAAAGCAGCGCCGACAUUGCUGGCGACCAAGGCACCCAGAUUCCUGCCGACGAGGACGCUCAAACGGAUGCGGACAGCAGCGCCCAGGCUGCUGCCCAGGCCCCAGAAAACUUCCAGGAAGGGAAAGGUUCCGCGCGGGAGCCCACGCGCGGUUCGUCCGGAACCCACAGACCAGAGACGCAGGUCCCAGCCUUUUCGGUGUCGGCGCCAGUUCCCGGAGGAGCGGACAUGAGUGAAAGCCAGGAUGAAGUUCCUGAUGAAGUUGAGAACCAGUUUAUAUUGCGUCUGCCUCUGGAACAUGCUUGUACUGUCAGGAACCUAGCACGUUCUCAAAGUGUCAAGAGGAAGGAUAAACUAAAAAUUGACUUAUUGCCUGAUGGGCGCCAUGCAGUUGUUGAAGUAGAAGAUGUCCCACUAGCUGCUAAGCUGGUUGACUUGCCUUGUGUUAUUGAAAGCCUGAGAACGCUUGAUAAAAAAACCUUUUAUAAAACAGCAGACAUUUCUCAGAUGCUUGUGUGCACUGCUGAUGGUGAUAUCCACCUUUCUCCAGAAGAACCAGCUGCCUCUACUGAUCCUAAUAUAGUCAGGAAAAAAGAAAGGGGGAGAGAGGAAAAAUGUGUCUGGAAGCAUGGCAUUACGCCACCACUUAAGAAUGUCAGAAAGAAAAGGUUCCGGAAAACACAAAAAAAGGUCCCUGAUGUCAAAGAAAUGGAAAAAAGCAGCUUUACUAAGUACAUUGAAUCUCCAGACGUGGAAAAUGAAGUAAAGAGACUGCUGCGUUCGGAUGCUGAAGCCGUAAGUACCCGUUGGGAAGUCAUUGCUGAAGAUGGAACCAAGGAAAUAGAAAGUCAAGGCUCCAUCCCAGGAUUUGUGAUAUCCUCGGGAAUGAGCAGCCACAAGCAGGGUCAUACCUCGUCAGUAGAAUAUGAUAUGCUUCGGGAGAUGUUCAGUGAUUCUAGAAGUAACAAUGAUGAUGAGGAUGAGGAUGAUGAAGAUGAGGAUGAGGAUGAAGAUAAAGACAAAGAAGAGGAGGAGGAAGAUUGUUCUGAAGAGUAUCUGGAAAGGCAGCUGCAGGCCGAGUUUAUUGAAUCUGGCCAGUAUAGGGCAAAUGAAGGUACCAGUUCAAUAGUCACGGAAAUUCAGAAGCAGAUUGAGAAAAAGGAGAAAAAGCUCCAUAAGAUUCAGAAUAAAGCACAAAGACAGAAGGAUCUCAUCAUGAAAGUGGAAAACCUGACACUCAAGAAUCAUUUUCAGUCUGUGCUGGAGCAGCUUGAGUUACAGGAAAAACAAAAAAAUGAGAAGCUCAUUUCCCUACAGGAACAGUUGCAGCGUUUUCUGAAGAAGUGAGGAGAGCCAUUGGCGUGGCCCACAAACCUUGGAUUCACCAUCCAGACUGCAGAUUGGAUGAAACUGUGCAUGUUUUUGUCCCUUCAGUUGCCUUAUGUUGAAUCAGUUAUAUUUAUCUGUACCUUCUUUGCUACUUAAAAUAUGCUCACAGUUUGUAGUCAUGUAGAAAAGGCCAGUAUAAAAAUGUAGUAGACUUAAGAGACCCCACUCGACCAUGAGACUUUCUCUUUGUCAAUUUGGGAAUUAUUAUUAUUAAUUUAGAAAUGGGGUCUUGUUAUGUUGCCCAGGCUGAAUUCAGACUCCUGGGCUUAAGGGAUCCUUCCGCCUCAGCCUCCUGAGUAGCUGGGACUACAGUUUUAGCUACAUAUGUUUUAGCUUUUCUUUUGGUUUUUAGUAUUUCCUAAAACAUAGGGGAAAAAACGAGGUCAUUUCUACUAAGCACUAGGACCUGCCAUAGUGAGUUUAAGUGCCUACCUUGCAGCAGUUAAUACUAGAUUGUGUUCUGUCUCUGUUCAGGUAACAGGACUGCAUUCCUGCUCAAGGAUGAUUUCUUGCUGCUGCUUAUGUUCUGUUGUUUUUAGGAUGGAGCUGGUUGUUAUUCACCAACUAAGGGAACAGUUAGAGCAGAGAUGAAGAAAUUAUGAACUGUUAUCCUUAUUCUGAGCCUUCUCCUCCUAACCCUCAUCAGUUAAGGUUAGGAAGAACAAGAUGCCAUAAUGCCUAUGAAGACUUCUUUAACAAUCUUGUUUGGGUUUUUUUCUAGGUAUAUUAUUAGUGUUUUAUGGUCUAUGUUCUUUAAGCAAUAAAUAAAUUGUUCAUUUUAAAUGGA